GGGAAAUUGAACUUUGAAGGUUUGCUGGAAAACCAGAAGAUUGUGGGGUCGCCUGAAUUGCCUGUUUGGGGGACCGCCAAUGUUGCCCGAUCGGGUAGUUCAGCCCGGAUGUUCAUCAUGACUUUGUCCUCCAACAUGGAGGGGUUCCAAUCUUCACGAUAUCCACGUCUUCAAUACCACCAUCAUGACCUAUUUAAUGGGUCAUCAGGUCCCCCUAUCCAGUAUGCCAAUCUCCUGACAUCACAUUCCAUCUGAUCUUUCCUGCCUUCCUUGACAUCCACAAUGCCUCUCUACCAGCCUUCCAACCUCGACGACAACGUCCUCUCCCAAUUUUCCCUCAAGGGUAAAAUUGCCGCUGUCACCGGCGGUGCCCGAGGUAUCGGCCUCGAGGUCGUCCGCGGCUUGGCCGAGGCCGGGGCCGACGUGGCCCUGAUCUACUCUUCCAACAGCGAGGCCGAUGAGACCGCCGCCAAGGUGGCUGCAGAGACGGGCGUCCGCGUGCAGGCCUUCCAGUCUGACGUCACUACUCGGAGCACCAUUGCAGCUACUCUCAAUCAGAUCGCUGAAGAGUUCGGAAACGGCCGAUUGGACGUCGUCGUCGCCAAUGCCGGUGUCUGCACCAACUCCCCUAAUCUCGAAUACGACGAGGAAAGCUGGGCCAGGGACAACCGGGUAAACUACGAUGGGGUUAUGUGGACUGCACAGGCGGCGGGAAAGAUCUUCAAGAAGCAGGGACGCGGGAAUCUGGUCAUCACCGCCUCGGUGAGCGCCAUCCUCGUCAACAUCCCCCAGACUCAGGUCGCCUACAAUGCCUCCAAAGCCGCGGCUGUCCAUCUCGCCAAGGGUCUGGCCGUCGAGUGGACCGACUUUGCCCGAGUCAACUGCAUUUCCCCGGGGUUCAUCAUGACCAAGAUGCUCACGCAGCAGCCCAAGGAGCUGUUCGACAAGUGGUUGAACAUGGUCCCCGGUGGCCGCAUCUGCGAUCCCCGAGAGCUGAAGGGGGCGUACGUCUUCCUUGCCAGCGAUGCUUGCCCGUAUAUGACCGGCGCCAACAUCGUCAUCGAUGGAGGAUACACCUUGCCUUAG